GGGCGAACUGACCAGCUGGAAUUCAUUGGCUGUGCCAUGUCGUUUACUAAAUAUUAUUCUUCCAAUUAUAACUGUGACUACAUGAUAAAUAUAUUAUUAAAAACAUACAAAAAAUUAAAUUUAUAUUAGAGCUAUAACAGUAUUUAACGAUCAGCAAAGUGUUAUAUUACAAAGAGGCUAGCCAGUAGGAAUAAUAAUUUUUGACGCGCCGCUCGUCACGUGAUUUUACAAACAUAACAGGCAAGAUGGCGGAUUCUGGAGCUGAUUCUACAAAUCGUGAAGAGGAAAAUGAAGAUGGAAAUAGAGAUAAUUCUUCUAAGGUGUCAACCACAUCAGAGGUUACUGCAGCAGCCAACGACCAGACAUCUCCAGCCUUGAAUUCGACUGCCAUAUCUGGUACUUCCCCUUCCUCCACUAGCUCCGACAAUCAGCAGAAAAAUGAUUCUUCAGUCAUCCAGCCAUCAAAACUGGGCUCACAGUUAAGACCCGGUUUCACAGCCUUUGGUGGUACAGGAACUAAUUCAGGUACUUUUUCCAGUAACCCUUUUGGUCCUCAGCCUACAUUAAAGAAUGAUGUUGUAUCAACAGCAAAUCAGCAUCCACAAGUUUCAGAAGGUGCUGGACUGAUAGCUCCAAGUCGGUUUUCUGCUAAUCCGUUUUUAUCACAACAGUCGGACAGCCAAGUUUCAUCUCAGAGUGACCCAGAUUCUGAUCCAUGCAGUGGGAAAGAUGACAGCAAAGUGAAAUUUCUAUUUCGUCCAUCAAGACUAGCAGACCAAGUAGAGGCUUUGAAAAAGAAUGAAGCAAGUUCGGCAUCAGUUCCUCCUCCAUCAAUACUUCGGCCUGCCACUCUUCCUGAUCCCCGUCAACAGCCUGAACAAGAUAAAACCUCAAACUCCACUGAUGUGAUGCCAUCAAAGAGUGAAGCUAAUGGCAAUCCCGUGUCGAAUGCUUCAAGUGCUGACGAUCUGAGUGAAGUGAGCUCCACCAAUCAGCAGGACAGUAGCAGACUGUCUAGAAUAGCAGAAGCUGCACCCGUAACGGAGAAAGUUAUCUCCAAUGGAUACAGCAGCCAAGUUGAUUCCACAUCCACUGGUGCAACAUCAAACAAUGACAAUAUUUUCUGCCAAAGUUUGACAAGUCGUGUCACGAGUUUUGCGGCUGCACAGAUGACGAGUAAUGACACUGCAGCUGGGGCAAGGGGAUUCACAUUUGGUCAGAAUUUGACCGACAGAGUUGUCUUUUCACACUCUUCAGUGGAGGAGGCAGAAAAAAACAGUGAUGGUGAUGACCGGGAUUCAUCAGAUGCUGAAAAUGCUAACCGAACACUGGAGGAGUCGGCGAGAGAGUACCAAGCCAAGCACGGGCUGAAACCUGACCUGAAAGAAGUGGAGAUUGUAACAGGGGAGGAGGAAGAAUCCAAUGUUCUUCAGGUGUGUUGUAAGUUAUUUCUGUUCGACGGUGACAAACAAGUUUGGGUGGAAAAAGGUCGGGGAACUCUUAGACUGAACGACACUUCGCCUGAAGACACGGCGGAAGCUUUCAAUUCCAGACUCAUCAUGAGAACACAGGGCAGUCUUCGUCUAAUACUCAAUACAAAGAUCUGGCCGGGGAUGACCGUGGAGCGAGCUAGUCAGAAGAGUGUCCGAAUCACAGCCACAGAUGGAGUUGAUGGAAUUAAAGUUUUCUUAAUAACGUCAAAUCCAAAAGAUAGUGAAACUAUUUUGCGUGCAAUUGACUGGCGGAUACAGCAGCUAAAAUUAGCUGAGGAAAAAGAACAAUUUGCAAAAGAAGAAAGGGUUUCCGAGAAGAGAAAAGCAGACUCAACAGAUGCCGAAUCACCAAAGAAAAAACAAAAAAUAUCUCUUCAGUCCGAAGGAGUGACGCCGGCUGUUCGCCGCGAGGAGUCCGACAGCAGUGUUCAAGACCCAGAGACAGAAGCAUCCUGUGAAAGUUUUUCAUCCUCGUUUACAGUAAAAUCGGAAUCAGACUGAUUAUAAAUAAGACUAAUAUUGUUCAUGUCAUGUUUGGGAUCACUCUCAUAGCAUCAUCAUUGUUUGUACAGAUUCUUUACCACGCGGGUGGCAAGGAGAUGCAUCAUCCUUUUGUCCAGUCGGUGACAACAACAACCUUGACAUUAAACUCUGAUGGUUGUUGAGAUUUCUUCAACUGGUCGUGGUCACACAAAGAAUUUUUUCAUGUGAUAUCAUUAUUCAUGAAUAUAUUAUGAACAUAAGACUGAAGAUUUGAAGCACAUGGAGCUAAUUGGGGUUUUUCUUUUUUUUUACUGUUUCCUCUCUUUUUUUUUCUUUUUUUUAAAUAUGUAUGACAAAUGGCAGAAGUGAUUUAAUUUUUCUUAAGUCACAUUUGUAGCUAUCUGUAUUUCAGUCGUUUUUGUUUCAAAUGUCUGAACAGUUUUGCUGAUCCCUUACUUAUUCAUAUUGUGCCCAAUGUUUUAAUGUAAUUGCAUUAAACUUUCAUACUGAUGUUACCUGCUAUAAAUGUUCACAUUGUGAUCAGUUGUUGGAAUGUCUAUCUUUAUGCAUCAUUAUAAUUGUGUGCUUGUAAUUUUACCAAUGAUCAAAGUGGAUGGCCAGUUCUAUGAGGAGCUUUUGUCUUUUAGCUUAGCUAUGAAAAUUAUAUAAGUAAGUUUAAUGAUAAUACAUAAGAUACAAUUACAUUUACCUGUCAUUUGAAUGGGAUAUCAUUUUGGCAUGUCUGUAUGUAAGUAAUCCUUAUAAAGACUGAAAACAUUUGAUUAAUUUUGUUUCGAUUUUAACAAUAUUUUAUAUAUGCUCCAUCUUAAACAGAAUGCACUAUUGUGGAAUUUAUUAAGUUGUUGAGCUAUCAAUGUAUGGUACUGAAGUUUGUGACAUAUAUAUUCAGUUUAAGAUUUAUCUGAGAACUUUUAUUUGUAAAUUUGUAUGGAGCCACAUCCCAUCACCUGAGACUAUUGGUAUUUAGGUAUGUGUCACUUUUAUUCUACCAUGGCCUUGUAUUGUCAUAUCGGACGUCUUGUAUUAAGUAGCUGCCUUGCUGUAGUGGUCCAUGUCACCCUCCCUUUUCAUUAACUACCUCAGGAUAGUAGUUGAAACCAAUGUUGGAGUACAUCUAGUCCAUGAUUGAAGAGUAUAGUGCACAGUAUUUUAUGCAGACUGUGGUUCUAUUUGAGUGUCGGUUACACAACUUUAAAUUAACACGAACCACUAAUUGGUUACAUUUAAAAAUAAAAAGUUACAAACUUCAGGAUGUUGAGAACUUUAUUCAGUGUGCAAAUAUAAUUUGUGUAACUGAACAAUCAGAAAUAUGGUUAAAGACUACACAGAUAAAGAGAGUAUACCUGCUGUCAUCCCUCCGUGGGCUACUCUCUUCGAUAGCAACAAGAUAUUUUAUAUAUGCACCAUCCCACAGACAGGAUGCUAUAUACCAGGGCCUUUGUUACACCAGUUGUGGAGGACUGGCUAGAUAGAGAAAAUAGCCCAUUGGGCCCACUGACGGGGAUCACUGACGGGGAUCAAUCUCAGUUUCUCAGUGUAGUGGUCAUAGCCAUUGCGGAAAAUAUACAGACGACCUUGUGCUAACGAUGUGGACGUUUUGUGGUGUUACCUGCAAACCAUUGGACAGUGGAUGUUUGGAUGUUGGUAUGCUGUAGGUAACCUUGAAACUAAAUUACCUUGUUGGUGACUUACGUUUCAUGUAAAAGGGAACUCUGUCUAACAACCAAGAUACUGAAGGUCAAGGAACGUGGGUACAUUUCAUUCGUGCGUCAUUAAAUAAAACAUUUCCUUCAUUGUGGUUGCCAUUACAACAAUUUGUUCCAAGAAACUGAUGUACUUUUUGUGUUAUUUGGCAUACUGUAUGAAAGACUUGUCUGAAUAUUGACAUUCUGGCAUGUAUAGUGUCAGCUUUUGGCCAAGAGGAGGUAACUUCCAUCAAAUUUGUUUUAAAAACUAUAUUGCAACAUUUUUUUUAAAUGACAUUUUUACCAUUUUUCUCUUCUGUUAAUAAUCCAUUACAUAAAAUACCACAACCUUAGCAUCCAUGGAUUUCAUUAUGAAUGAGACUAAGAAAAUAACUAUUAAAUUUAAGUCUCAAAAUGUAUGUGAACCAAUAAUGGCCAGCAUUUGAACAUAUUGGCCUUACAGGAGGAGGAGAGAAAUGCAACACACUGUGCCUAGACAGAUUAUCAUGCUUUUAUGUAAAGUUUUUGCAAACGUGCAUUUUGCUCGUUACUCGUUGACCCCACCCCCAACCCUCAAAUAAUUUGGUUUUAUUUUGAGAAAACCUAAUAGGCAAAAUUUCCUUUAGGUGAUCAUAGUGCAUUUAUUUUAUUUUUAUGUUUAAUUAAGUCAAAUGCAGACCCAAAAAAAUGGAAAAAAAAUGUGGAUAAACACCUGCAUCUAUUGUAGGUUAUUAAAUAUACACAACUAUUUAGGAAAGUUGUAUGACCAAGAGAUAUAUACUUGUAAAUUCGGCCUGUUGUGUUUACCACUUUAUUCUAAGUACUUGUGUACAUUUAUUACAGUAACCUUUAUUGUAAAUGUUUUAAGGAAAUUCAUUUGCAUUCAAUAGGUUAUAAAAUUAUAAAAUUAAAUCUAUACCAGAAUUCACUAAAGUUGUCUUUUAUUAUUAUUCACUAGUUGAAUUAAUUUUGUGAAGCGAAUUAAUUGUGAGUUUAAUUUGUGUAUUGUAGGAUUAUCAAGGUCCUAUAUUUUCCCCCAGUUGCCAUUGUCCAUAGACACUCAGUAUUAAUGUCUCAGUUUCUUCUUUUCUUGUUUAAAACUGUUCAUAUCUUUUAAAUGGCAAACAGAAUUUGGUAGUGAGAGUGUUAAUAAACAGCUAUUGGUGUUUUUAAUUAUAUAUGUUGUGGAUACAUGUACUUGACGGUUGGUGAGGGUUUUUUUAACACUUCGAUUUUAAAAAAUAAGAACAAAAAUAGUUAAUGUAAAUCUUCAGUAUUUAAUUUCAGAAUAUUUUACUUCUAAUGAUAAUUUGUUUACACCAGUAUUGUACUUAAAACUCAUGCUUAAAUGAACUGAUCUCUAUCAAAGAUUUUUUUUUUUUAAUAUCCCAAUAGCAGUCUCUUUUUAGGAUGGUAACAGAAUUUGAAACGUUACUGUAGCUUACAAUUUUUUAUUUAAAAAUACAACAGAAUUUUGAAACAGUAUAUAUUUUUAAAAUCUGUUCUAUUUGGGUUAAGAUAAACUUUGAACUUGGAUACUUGUUGCAUUAUCACAUAUUUGUUUUGUCCCAAUUCUAUUACACAAGACUCAUAAUCAAAAGCUGUCAUUUAAAUUGUUGAUAAAUUGGUUUUCAUUUUCAGUGUGAAAGCUGUUAUUAACUUUGGGUCCCCCCCCAAUGUGCUUUUUGAAGAGCUCUGAUCUAUCAUGUAAUGUAAAACAGCUGUAACAUUGUGUAGUUUAGUGUCAUGCUGAAUGUUACAACAGUGUGUGCUCUUAACAAAUGUGCAUGAAAGUGUGGUAUGAUGUGCAGACAUACUGUGUACAUGUACACAUGCCAGAACUUGUUAAAAGAUUUAAAAAAUAAACCAUUAUUUCAUA